AUGAGUUUGCCUGCAGUGCUUGCCAAGUAUUUGCGCGAGGAGAUAAUUGGAGAUGUUGAGUUCUCCAAGUCUAUUGCAGAGGCACGCAGUGUUGGCAACCAGUGGAUAUUGCGUCGGUCUUAUAGCAAACACCCUCACACCAUCCAGGAGGAGUUUCGAAUUGAAGUUCGCGACCAAGAGCAUGUACGAUGCACUCUGAAAUUGAACGUAAUAGGUCAUGAUGCUCCUCGGGAGGAUACAAGGGAGAAAAUCUUCAAACCGCGCGCGUGGUGCGGUCCUGAAUUGGAUAUCGAAGUGAGUGAGCAACAGACCAACUUGCCUCAACAUCUGCCUACUUCAAACGCACGCGAGUUUGCCUCACAGGCGAAUACUUCGGCUCCGCAAACCUCCAUCGACGAUACGGCAACGCCUGCCGCAACAGAAUCCGAAUUAGACAAGCAAUCGGACGGCGUGGCCGAUGAACAAGAUGACCAGAAACAAGACAACAAGGUAGCGAGAUAUAUUCUCCUAAUGGCUCAAUACUUCGUCAAAGGUAGCCUAGUGCUAGUUAAAAAGCCGACGAAAUUACAACGCACAAAACUAGCAGGCAUCCGACAAUGUGUUAAGGAAACACAAGAGAGUGACGAGGCAGGCGACAUAGUACGGCUCCCAGCUCUAUGGCGACGAUGGAAGAAGGAAGGGGUAAAAGAGGACAAGAUAUUUUCUACGACUUUUUCUCAUACAGAAGAACUGAAGAGGUCUGUCGCUUCUAUGCACAAUGUGGGAUAUUAUUUGGCGGGGAUAACACAACAUGACAAACUACGACCACCCGGACAUCCCCCGCCAACUAAACGCAAAAACACAACUAGAUAUUACUGCGCGCGUGCCGUUGAGCGGAUGCUCAAAUUAGUAUCCAGGGUAUCUCAGUACUAUGGUACCAGCGCCAUGACCAUACCCACAUUCCUAGAAAUUGGGGGCUUUAGCAUGACAAGCUUUGGGCAUACUACUAUCAGCAGCGAUGAGAGUUUCUUUUACGAUGGGCUUGUCUCCUUGAUCGACUUAUCAUGGCGACGAUUGGCUGCUGCUCAAACGGAGACGGACCAAAACAUACAGACGGAGCAGGACGCUGAGAUAGAUCACGACGCAAGGGAGGCCCACAGCACGAUGACAGAACAAGACGCUGUGCCCGUUUUAAACCCAUUCGGAUUCCACUCGUUCUAUACGGAUGCCGACUAUAAUGCCACAUGCAAGACGCUUGAUCAGUCGAUCUUUUUAAAAGCCCCGCAAACAGUUUCUUACGAACUUCCUACAAGCAAGAUAUUGAGGAAGGGCCGGGAAAGAUCGGACAGCACUUCUAAUGGCAAUCCUACGUCCGGCUUGUCCGACGAGUCAAGUGCAUUCAUUCUUCGCUAUGCGCAGAGCCUGGCAAAGCACAUAACACACGAUGAAAAGGUGGAACGUACGAAGGGCUACAAAGAUAAUGAGGAAAACUUGGAGCUAGCCCUGCGAGUACUAGAUGGAAAUGCAUUGCCCGAGGAGCUCGCCACAGCUUCGAUAAUUGUCGUCUACAUAAUAGUUGACAUUUUGCUUGACAGAUGUCCGAGACCGAAACGACCCGGACAAGAGCGACGACAGAAGAGAAAACGAGCGUCAGAGAAAGCUACAUAUGAGGACGCUGGCAUGUCUCACGACUGCCUUCCCGAUAUUCGCCAGAACUGUACCGGCCAAGUGUCACUGAAUAUAGGCGGAUACGGAAAUCAUACAUUCAUACCAGGCCAUGGCACUACGUUUGCCAUGGGAUCUGUGGAUUCAACCGCCUUUGGCAACCCAGCCAUAGGCCACUGCGGUCAACCCGCCACUACGCCCAACUUCAUUGGCCAAGGCUUGGGGUGUGAGUCCGCGCAUCUAGAUGAUUUCAGAAAUGCAGCUGGGGACAACUUCGGGGAUUUCUGCGAGUCAGGCGGUGAUAGCUCACUCUUUAAUGAGUCCGACGUUAUUACUGGUCUACCAUUCCCCGACCGGGAGAACUUUCGAUGGGAUGAGUCUAAUGCCAACAUUGGUCUGCCAACUAUGUGCUGGGGAAAUGUCCAAUUUUAG